GCGGAACUCCGCUCGCCUCCUCCCCGCCCCGGGAGCCGCCUCUCCCCUGUUCCGGUCCCGAGGCACCCAGGGCCCAGCCCCCACCCCGCAGCAUGGCGCUGCCCGAGCCCCUCAGGCGGCGCCUAGGCUCCUUCAGCCGCACCGUCUUCACUGACGGGCACCGCACCGGCCCGCCGCCACCCGUCGGCCGCGCAGAUAUGAAUGAAAUACUUUCCAGUUUACCACUGCAGAUGUCUCUCUACUUCAACGUUUAUUAUUUUCCAUUUUGGUGGCUCAGCACGGUUGUUAUGCUCCAUCUGAAGUAUCCAGUCUUGUCAGAUUACUACAAGUUCAUCCUGAUCACAGUCAUGAUCCUAGCCUCUCUAAUAGAGGUCAUUCGACUCUACCUGGGAUACAUGGGCAAUCUGCAGGAGAAGGUCCCUGAGCUGGCUGGGUUUUGGCUUCUGAGUCUCCUCCUGCAGUUACCUAUGGUUCUUUUCUUGCUAUUUAAUGAAGAUCUAAAAAUUCAGCCACUGGAACGAGCAGUCCAUAUUGUCUUUGUCCUCUUCCUCACUUUCCAAGUCAUUGCAGCCUUUGUCACCUUGAAGAAAAUGGUGAACAAACUGGCAACUCACUUCUCCCUUAAUGAAUUUGACCAGCUGGAGGAAUAUCCUCUGCCUCAUGUUUACAGCCUGGGUAAAGGAGAGAGACAAGUUUCCAUGGCUGUCCCAAGUGCUGGCUGGGCGUCACCCUCUGAAGCCCUGAGGAGGUAACAGAGGGGCCCUCAUGUUGCCACAGCUCUGUUUCGAUUUUGUUGUGCCAUUUUUUAAUCUCUCUGUUGUAGGAAGAUGAGAGAAAGAUCUUGUUGAAGAGCCAACAUUAAACCUCAGAGAUUGGAGCUCCACUCAGAAAGAAAAAUCUAAGCCAAUUGCAUAAUAGGCUUGAGUGGACUACUUGUUGGUACUCUACGCAGUAACAGUCAAGGUAGAUGUGAUGGGUUUUACAUUUUACAAAGUCAUGUGGCUUUUUUUUUUUAAAAAAAGCCUUUUUUUCCUCACUGUUUGCACAGAACUGUUAUGUUUACAAUAAAUCUUUUAUACAUGUUUUUAUUUGAUCUAGUUUAUUUUGAUUUAUAUUAAUUUUUUCUC